AGGACCAGGGAAGGGGCAGUCAGGAUGGUGAGGAGAAGCAGGAGACUGAAGCUGCAAAAAUUCACCCAACUUUGUGGACAAGGACAGAAGGAAGGGUUCAGGGUGAAGCGGACCUGCCCUUCAUGUGGCCCAGAGCCUGGGGGUGAAGAGAAGAAGGGGAGAGGGAUCCCUAUUUCUGUCCAAUUGUUCCCCCCAGAGCUGGUGGAACACAUCAUCUCCUUCCUCCCAGUCAGAGAUGUAGUCACCCUGGGCCAGACCUGCCGCUACUUCCACCAAGUGUGCGAUGCAGAGGGCGUCUGGAGGCAUAUCUGCCGCAGGCUCAGUCCCCGCCUACGAGAGCAGGGGCCUGGGAUCCGGCCCUGGAAGAGAGCUGCCAUUCUUAACUACACGAAGGGCCUGUAUUUCCAGGCGUUUGGCGGCCGCCGCCGCUGUCUCAAUAAGAGUGUGGCACCCCUGCUAGCACAUGGCUACCGCCGCUUUUUGCCCACCAAGGACCACGUCUUUAUUCUUGACUAUGCGGGGACUCUCUUCUUCCUCAAAAAUGCCCUGGUGUCCUCCACCCUUGGCCAGAUCCAGUGGAAGCGGGCCUGCCGCUAUGUCGUGUUGUGUCGGGGAGCCAAGGAUUUUGCAUCAGACCCGAGAUGUGACACCGUUUACCGUAAAUACCUCUACGUAUUGGCCACUCGGGAGCAGCUGGGAGUGGUAGGCACAACUGGCAGCCGGACCUGUGACUGUGUGGAGGUCUAUCUGCAGUCCAGUGGGCAGCGGGUCUUUAAGAUGACCUUCCACCACUCCAUGAGCUUCAAACAGAUUGUGCUGGUUGGUCAGGAGACACAGCGGGCUCUCCUCCUCCUCACAGAGGAAGGAAAGAUCUACUCACUGGUAGUUAAUGAAACGCAACUGGAUCAGCCACGCUCCUACACAGUCCAGCUGGCCCUCAGGAAGGUAUCCCGUUGCCUGCCUCACCUGCGAGUGGCCUGCAUGGCUUCCAACCAGAGCAGUACCCUAUACAUCACGGACCAGGGAGGAGUAUAUUUUGAGGUGCAUACCCCAGGGGUGUAUCGUGAUCUCUUUGGGACCCUUCAAGCCUUUGACCCCCUGGACCAGCAGAUGCCGCUUGCUCUCUCACUGCCUGCCAAGGUCCUGUUUUGUGCUCUUGGCUAUAAUCACCUUGGUCUGGUGGAUGAAUUUGGACGAAUCUUCAUGCAGGGAAAUAACAGAUAUGGGCAGCUGGGAACAGGGGACAAAAUGGACCGAGGGGAGCCCACUCAGGUAUAUUAUCUGCAGCGCCCCAUUGCCCUGUGGUGUGGGCUCAACCACUCCCUGGUACUGAGCCAGGGUGCCGACUUCAGCAAGGAGUUGCUGGGCUGCGGCUGUGGGGCUGGAGGCCGCCUCCCUGGCUGGCCAAAGGGGAGUGCCUCCUUCGUCAAGCUCCACGUCAAGGUCCCUCAGUGUGCCUGCUCCCUCUGCUCCACCAGAGAGUGUCUCUACAUACUGUCCAACCACGACAUCGAGCACCAUCUGGCUUACCGAGACCUGCCAGCCAGCAGGGGGAUGGGGAUUCCUGAGCCCAGCCUCGGGACUGGGACCCCCCAGGACCCUGGGGGCACAGCCCAGGCCUGUGAGGAGUACCUCAGCCAGAUCCACAGUUGCCCCACGUUGCAGGACCGCAUGGAGAAGAUGAAGGAGAUCGUGGGCUGGAUGCCCCUGAUGGCCGCACAAAAGGAUUUCUUCUGGGAGGCGCUGGACAUGCUGCAGAGGGCUGCCGGAGGGGUUGGCGCAGGCCCCCCGGGCCCUGAGAGCUGACCUGCUCUUCUAGCCUCACCCCUCGACAGAAAGUCUGGCUCUGGGCCAGGGACUAAGGAGGGAUGGAGGGACAGCAAUGAAGACUGUGUGUGCGCAUGGGGGUGGGGUGGGGAGGGACUGCUAGACAUGCCAGGGUGGGGCAGGGAACUUUUUUAUAAAAUGUUCUGGGGGCUGCCCAGGAGGGGCCCCCAACCUGGCUAUCAUGGACAAGAGAUUUGAUGGACAAAUAGAAUAAAAGGCUGAGUGAG